ACCACAGGGCAGGGGGCAGAGAAGCCAGGGAGCGGGCAGUAGGCAGGCCCAGCUUGUGUACCAGCUAAGGGACGUCCACCGAAGCAUCCAUGAACUAGAGAUGGUGCGCCUGGGCGCGUACGUGUGUGCGACCCGCUGGCAUGUCUCUAUGCCCCGUGGGCACCUGUCCUGUGAGUAGCUACGGGUGUGGCUGCUCCUGGAUGCUGCGGAGAUUUUAAAGGUUUAUAUCUAUGGGCCUGCCUCCCCCAUCUUUGGAAGGGAGCUAAGAAGUUUAAGGGAGCGGGGACUGAACAGAUUAAAGCACUAGACCUCUGAGGCUGGGCGGAGAAGGUGGGACUGCCGGCACUGCGGGUAGGGAAGCACCGAUUUGACCUAUCUCCCAGCCAGAAAGGCAUCUUGGAAAGACUGGCGUGACCCCAGAGGCCCUGAAAUGUCUAGGAAGUCCGAGCAGUGAUGAUCACAGAGUGAGUGCCACUGGGCUGAGCCUGGCUGAUUCGUGGACAACAGGGAUGCUAGCAUUUAGAAAGGCCAGGAGGAAACUCAGGAUGGGGACCAUCUGUUCUCCCAAUCCCAGCGGGACAAAGACGGCCUCGGAGGUCUGCAAUGCCGACUGGAUGGCCUCGCUUCCCCCUCACCUCCACAACGUCCCCCUUUCCAAUCUGGCAAUCCCAGGAUCCCAUGAUUCAUUCAGUUACUGGGUCGAUGAAAAGUCCCCAGUGGGGCCUGACCAAACCCCAGCUGUUAAACGCCUUGCCCGGAUUUCCUUGGUGAAGAAGUUAAUGAAGAAAUGGUCUGUGACUCAGAACCUGACCUUCCGGGAGCAGCUGGAGGCUGGGAUCCGCUACUUUGACCUUCGUGUGUCUUCAAAACCAGGCGACACUGACCAGGAGAUCUACUUCAUCCACGGGCUCUUUGGCAUCAAAGUUUGGGAUGGGUUGAUGGAGAUUGAUGCCUUCCUCACUCAGCACCCUCAAGAGAUUGUCUUCCUGGAUUUCAACCACUUCUAUGCCAUGGAUGAGGCCCAUCACAAAUGCCUGGUUCUGAGGAUCCAGGAGGCCUUUGGAAACAAGCUGUGCCCAGCCUGCAGUGUGGAAAGUAUGACACUGCGAAGCCUGUGGGAGAAGAAGUGCCAGGUUCUCAUUUUCUACCACUGUCCCUUCUACAAGCAAUACCCCUUCCUGUGGCCAGGGAAGAAAAUUCCAGCACCCUGGGCAAACACCACAAGUGUGAACAAAUUGAUCCCCUUCCUGGAGACCACCCUGAGUGAGCGAGCCCCUCGUGGGACCUUUCAUGUCUCCCAGGCCAUCCUCACCCCCAGAGUGAAGACCAUCGCUAGAGGCCUGGUGGGUGGCCUCAAGAACACACUAGUUCACAGAAAUCUUCCUGCCAUCCUCGACUGGGUGAAGACUCAGAAGCCUGGAGCCAUGGGUGUCAACAUCAUCACAUCUGACUUUGUAGAUCUGGUGGACUUUGCCACAACUGUGAUUGAGUUGAAUGAACUCCUGGAGGACAGAGCUCUGACUAAAUGUUGAAUUAAUGCCUUGUUUAAUUGAUGUUGAGGUUGUUGAUCCAGGAUAGCAUUCUGGAGAGUUUCCCAUUAGGAUGGUUCCUGGGCAGUCAUGGUGAAGUGAGCACAGGAAGAGGGCCUUUUCCCACUUCCUCACAUAGCCAUUUGGGUAAAAAUCUGGGGCUUUUCAAUGCAUUUUUCCCAAAUGAGACUUUUAAAAACUCAAGUCCAAGGGAAGCAAGAAUAUUUAUUUGAUCAAGGUCAGGAUUUCCCCAAUGGCUUAUGGCAGUGAAUGAAAUAUGGAGUACAGUUUCCAGGUUCCAUCGGGAGAGGCAUCAUCCUAACUGGCCCAGCUUCCUAUUGUCUUCUGGGGCUUUGUGUAUGAGCCAGUGAGAAGGCUAAACCAGAAAGACAUUCCUGGCCAGAAUGGCUCAUGGGGGUGUAGAUGACCCAGUGAGAGGUAUCUAACAUCAACCUGCAGCUCUGAGGGGCUCCCAGAGCCAAGCACCAGUUCUCUUUUGUCCAACAGCAUCACUUCUUCCCUAAGAGAGCAAGAUGCAUUCAUUACCACAGUGGUCUAGCCAUAAGCCAGCUCUGCAUUGCUUGUGCUGGUAACUGGUCUCCUUAAUUUCUUCAGAUAAACAGUGCAUACUGCCCUUGACAUCAGAAACAGGUUUCCCCAUUUUAAAGUAUUGAUUCCUUUCCCUUUCUUUUGUGUCCUCCCCUUCCCCACCUCUUAAAAAUGAAAGGACCAGUACCAGGAAAUCUUUUCUGUGCAGGGCCCAACAAAGAGCCAAAGGUGCAUGUUUGUUGCAUGCCAGAAUUCUAUUAUUUAAUUAUGUAGCUUUCUCUCAAAACAGCCAUCAGGCAAGCACCUGCAUCAUUUGGGCAAAGUCCUCUUUGGAGUGAGGUCUUCAAGUCACGUAUUGGAAUCACAUUUCAUGGUUGUCUGCCUGGGACCUGAUCUGCUGUGGGACACAGUGCUAAGUGGAAGGCUGCUUGUCCAUGACACCGUGAAGGCUAACACAAGAUGUGUGGGAACGUGCAAUGGCGUUAAAGGAGGAAGCUCCAAGUGGCUUUGGAGUCAGUCCAUAACUCCUUGAAAACAAGACUACCUCGGGGACAUUUAGGAUGACUUGUGUGUCAUCAAGGGAGAAAUAAGCAAUGCUGGAACAUAUCCACUUGUCUUGAUUCAUUCUACUUUCUGUAGGUUGUUCUGCCUACUAAGCACCACUACAUGAGGGCUUCGAAACUCAAGAGGUUUUUUUUUUU